CAUUAUUAGCCAAUCAGAUAUACCUAUCUUACAAACAGAAAGAAAAGUCAAACAGCACAGAACAAUUCCUUUCCUUCAACGGCUUGUUUGGAAAAGCAGUAAAAUGUGGCGGGACAAAGUUAUAGAGGAGAUGCUUAAAGAUGGGAACUUCAAAAUCAAGUUAAUUAAGAUGUUCUUUGGCAGUGAGAAUGAUCAAGCAGGUGCCUUAGCCGCAAACCCUGAUCAUCAUCUUAAAGAAUGCCUUAAAGAACUAGAUGAAAAUGCUUUCUGUAAAAUCAAAGAACAAUUCAAGCAUAAUAUCUCUAACCAUAUGUCAAGAAAGGUAUCAGAAACAGAUGAUGAUGAGAACUCUGAUGAAGUUCUGCCUGAUUCUGAGAAGACACCAGGUGAAAAUGAUCAAGAGCUAGAACUCGAACAAAAUAACAAUUUUUUAGUGCCAGAAAACCCAGAUGCUGAAAUUGUCUCUGGGAUAAACAAUGUGUCCAGAGAUAGAUCUUUUAAGUUCCCUGGUAAUGGUCCUCAUAAGUCAGCUAAACCUGCAGAUCAUGAAUCACCAUCAGAGGCCAUUGAAAAUGACUCUCAACCUAGAUCCAGGCGACCUGAUGGUAUGGGGCCAGCACAUGUCCAGGAAACAUCAGAGUAUUACUCCUAUCAUAUUCAAAGGAGAUGCCAGCAAAAUCAGUGUGUGCCAGAAAUUAGGUGCCAAAUUUGCCGUCAUCCCAUAAGUUUACAGGUGGUUGAUGAUGUUUACAGGAAGAAUGUUGAGUUAAAUGAUCUGAAAGUACAAAUCUCACGGGCACAACAACAAAUAGCUGACUUGCAGCAAAUGUUAGAGACAUUAAGGAAUUACUGUGAUAAUUCUGAUAGAAUUUGGACAUACUUUCUUCAGGAGCUGGGAGAAAGGAAAGAGAAAAUUGAUGAAAUAGAAAGAGAAUUGGUGAGGUUGGAGAAUAAAUCUGAAAAGGAAAAUGAAUUGAUUGAAAAACUAUGGAAGCGAAAUGUGCAACUUGUUGAAGAAUCAUAUGAAAAUCAAAACAGAUUGGAUGAAAUGCAAAAAGAGAAGAAUAAUCUUAUUGAUAAGAUUGAAAAGAUAGAAAACAAUGCAGUUUUGCAGGAAAAUGUUUACAGUGCACAGCUUUUGUCCAUUGAAAACAAAGUCAAAGAAGAAGUUGAAAAACUACAGCAAUCAUACCUUGAAAUGAAAACAUUUUCAAGGCGAAAAUUGUCUAAGAAGCCUUUCCAUAUAAAUCUACAUGUGUAGAUUUUUCUCCUAUAAACUUGACCUAGUCAAAUGAUGUGGCAUGGUCCUGCUAAUUGUGCUUUGUUACUGCUAGCUCAUGGUAUGGCCAGGUCAUUAUGUUAUUGCCACAGUCAAAUAGAUAUUCUCUUGUGGAUGCAGUUAUAUCUACCAAAUCAUCAAGGGUAAGAAUGGAAGAACAAAGAUGGGCUACAACUGCUAGCUUCACUUCUUCCAAACAGACCUUCCCUGGCUGCUUAAUAAUAUGUACAAUUAUGUGAAAAGAUGAAAAAAAGAUAGCAGGAGGUUAACGUAAUUUUCAACUGGAAAACAAAUAUUGUCGAUUAGCUCUUAAUUAUUUGUUUCAUUUGAAAAAUGCUAUUUCAUAAUCAAGAAGACAUUCAUAUAUUUUGCAAUAAGGAGCUUUUUUAAUGCAAAUUGUAAUAAGUCUGACAGUUUCAUGAUGUCUUUGUACCUUUUCUACUUAAAUGUAUGAAUGUUUCCAACAUAUAUAGAGCAGGCCACACAGACUUGGGAAGGCAUUUCAAAAAAUGCUAUAAUAUUAGAAUAUUAAUGACAAUAUACCACCCACCUCAUCACACACCACACAAUCACACACGUCCUAACUUAAGAUUAGCACCCUUCCUCCCUCCCUCCCAGAGGAAAUGAUAUUUUUCAACAAUGAUCUCCUAAAAUUUCAUAGAAUGUAUAAUGUUCACAUUUGGGUGUAUGGGGAUGACAACAGUCCACUGGCGUUUCAAAUAGCCUUCUUUUGAAUUGCGGGGUAGUAGUGAUGAUCCAGGUUUCUAUUUAGGGAGGGGCUAUUUAAUUUAUUUAUUUGUACACUACAGCAAUAUUUAUAAUAGUACAUUAGAGUGUCCUAUUUCCAAGUCAUCAGCAGUGCCCAAGAAACUAAAACUGCUAGGAACUCUCAAUUUGAAAAUUUGUCCCUUAUACUGUAACAAUAUUUAUUAUUACCAUAACUGUUUUCUGCAUAUUUUUUAUUAAAUUCAUAUCUGAUUUUGUUUUCCACAUUGUUCAUCAUCAUAUUAUGACUAUAGAUUUUUAUCCCAUUUUAUAAAGUACAGGGUAAUUUUUAGUGUGUGUGAAGUAUAUAUUGUGAAAUCAAAGUAAUUUAAAUAAGCCAUCUUGCAUAAAUUAACUUAUUUAAUUAGAAUAACUCCUAAAAGUAGGUAAUGCUUAUAAAUCUUUAGAAUGUCAAUUAAUAUAUAUUACUAAUUAUAGAAUGUAAAGUAAAAUAUACAACGUCAAUUAAUAAUUAUAGUUUAAUCAUUACAUUCAUUUAUGCCACUAAGAAAAUAUUGAUAUAUGUGAGUGACGCCUCAGUUUUUCAGUCUCAUAAGUUUCACUUUUUCUGGUUUUCUUAUUCACAUAUCAAAUAUUCUUAUAUCUGCUAUGAUUAGUUUAAUUUUUGCUAUCAGCAGAUACAUGGUCAUUGACCUUGAAAAUCAAAAUUGAAAAAUGCUUAGAAUUUUGUGAUGAAAAAGUAGCGCAAGCCCUGUAAAGGUAUUCUGUGGACUUUAUUCUAUAAUAACUGCAUUUAGCUAAUUUUUUUCAUUGUUGAUGCAAAGUUACUUCAGGAUCAACACAUGCAAUAGUAUAAUUGUAAUUUGAAAUGAAAUACCCUUAAGGUCAUAAAUUCAUUUAACAAUAAAAUUGAAGCAAAAUUA